AUGGCUCUGAACAUCUACUGGACCGGACUGUUGAUUCUGUUGCCUAUAGUGGCUCUCUUCAUUAGCCAUAAACUUAUCUUACGACUAAUCCGAGUCAAGAAGCCGAAGAAAGAGGUGGUCUCUCAAAAUGUGGAAGCUAAGAAAUUUCGUAGAAUAUUCUUACGUGUCUACCUAGUUGUGAUGGGAUCUGAGUGGCUUCAGAGCCCGUAUCUCUAUUCGCUGUUCCGGGACGAGAAGGGAUUUGAUGAACGGACAGUUGCGAUUCUUUAUGUCGCUACAUAUCUCUCUGCAGCAGUUUCGGCGUUUCUCACGGGCUACAUGGCUGAUAAACUUGGUAGAAGGACGGCGUGCUUGAUAUUCUGCGGAAUCCAUUCACUCGCGUCCAUAUCUGUCAAGUCCAACGACAUCAGAAUUCUAAUAGCGGGGAGAAUAUUGGCUGGGAUAGGGUUGAACCUUCUCUGGACCGUUUUUGAAAGUUGGAUGAUAACCGAGUACAAGUCAAGGAAGCUCGAUCAGAGCUCAUUCCCUUUAAGUGCUAUGUUUAGUACAAUGACCAAAUACAGUUGUAUGACAGCAAUCAUUGCCGGGGUUAUAGGCUACUGCAUCGUCUUGGUCUUGGGGUCGAAGACUGACACGUUUAUCGUCAGUGCGGUCUUAGACGUUUGCGCUGUCCUGCUUAUGCUGUGGACGUGGAACGAGAACAAGGGAACGAAUAGCGGCGACUCUAUCCCGAGCGAAGAAGAGGGGCUUAAGAACGACACAACCGAUGACACGAUUUCUAAAAGGACGACAGGGAACUUGAAAGACGCGAGGGUCUGGGUGCUUAGCUUCGCGUCGUGUUGCUUCGAAGGCGCCAUUUUCAUCUUCACAUUUUCUUGGCCUGGGACUUUACAAGCGGCACAUGAAAAGGCAUACCCAGGAAACAGCAAUGUGAUUCCAUACGGUGUAAUACUCGCCACGUUCAUGGCUACGAUGGUUCUUGGUACGAUGAUAUUCGGCUUCUUGACUAGAAAGGUAAAAUCGGAUACAUCAGAAGAAGUCACCGUCCUUGGCGCCAUUUUUCCGACAUUGUUACUUGGUACAACAUUCUUCGUGGGCGCAUUGAGCUUCUUUGUUGCUGCGUUCUCCAAGACGGAGUUUCAUUCAUAUUUGGCGUUCUUACUGCUCGAAUUAUGUAAUGGGGUGUAUAUUCCAAGCAUGGCAUAUCAUCGGGGCCUGGUCGUCAGCGAUUCUAGGAGAGCCAUGACAUACGGGUUGAUGAAUAUUCCAUUAUUCAUCUUUGUCGCGAUUGCGAUAUAUGCUACUAGCAGUAGUGGAGAACAGCGACAGACAUUGUUCGCAUCAUCGGCUGUCUUGCCCCUAAUUGCAGCUUUAGCUGUUGUCCUGGGGUUUGGUCUUCCGAACAUCCGUUCAGGAUUCUCGCAAGUUAAGACGGACGAAGCCGAGUCGACGGAGAAGGAUGUAUUGGAAGUAGAAGAUACGAAAUAA